UCACAGAGCAAACAGCAGCUGGCCCCACGCAUGCCUGGUGCAGCAGACGCGUGUUUAUGAUUAAACCUGCGGCUGGACUCGCCUCUGUCUGGGAUGAUUUCUGCUCAGGCUUCAGCAGAGACGGCCUCUCAGGACCCCCAGCUGUCUGUUCAGAUGGAUUAGGUCCAGCUGCAGUCAGCGGCUCCCGCAGCAGAGCUUCCUCUCUUCCAGCAUGGCCGGUAAGAUCCAGACUCUGAGCGAAGAGGAGCGCGCUCACCUGCUGCCGCUGCUGCGAAACGCCCAGUGGGUGGAGACGGUCGGCCGCGACGCCAUCUACAAAGAAUUCAUUUUCAAAGACUUCAAUCAGGCUUUCGGGUUCAUGUCCAGAGUGGCCUUACAAGCGGAGAAGAUGGACCAUCAUCCCGAGUGGUUCAACGUUUACAACAAGGUCCAGAUUACACUCAGCACCCACGACUGCGGCGGAUUGUCUCAGCGCGACAUCACUUUGGCCACCUUCAUCGACCAGGCCUCCCUGAUGUGAUGCUGCUUUAACUGAGAAACAUCGAUCGGAUUUCAAACGCAGAAAGCAGAUUACUCCCAGUUCUCUGUGAAAAAGAAAAAUAUGUAGCCGAUUGAAACUGAGAAAACAGAAUCAGGUUUACGUUACGUUAGAAUUUGACUAAUUCCAGCAGUCGUGAUCCAUUCCAGUCAGUGUCGCAGAAAAAACAGUGAUUUGUUGUGCCUGUUUUUUGUAUUACGGUACUAAAAUGUUAGCUUGCAUUUGUGACCUGAUGAGGCUAAAUAAUGACCAAGACGCCAUUUUAUCAGGGUGAUUUAUGUAUCUUAUAAGGUAGAAAAGUUCUGACUCAAUCUCGUUGAGAGUUCAAGAGAGAAAGGGGAAAAAAACAACCUUAUUUCAGUUUUUGGGCUUUAAAAUAAAGAAAAACAAAAAACAUUUGGCCGAAGAAGUAUUGGUACAUUUUCUCCUGUGGAAAAUGAUGCAAAGAAAAUGGAUAAUACAAGGAAAAUAGAUAUAAAAAGAAUAUUACUGUAACUUUUUGUCAUUUUGCCCAUCAUCCAUGACAGACACAAAGGGCUAGCUAGCUAGCAAGGCUAUAUUAGCAGCUAGUUAGCACUAGCUUCAACCCAAGAAAAUGGACAGAAGAAAACUAAGACAAAAGAAAACUACAAGCAAGACUAAAAUUAACUUUUAUAAAAAUAUGAUUUUUACAUAUUAAAAUUGUCACCAUGUUGUGACAGUUUGUUACAAAAUUUAAGAUUUAUGAUAAACGUAUUAAAAGACAACAUACAUUAUUUUAAUGAGCCAAAGACAGGGAGGCCAAAACGAGCUAAAUUUAACUACUAGGCCACAAAGUUGAUUAAAUUAAAACUGCAAGAUAUAGUUUGAUUUUUUUUUUAUUGUUUUACCUGCUCAAAAAUAAACAUUUUUAGUAAAUCUAUAUCUUUAAAUAUCAAAACCAAAAAUGGCUUCAGACUGUUGACUUAUUAAAAGAAAAACAGACAUUUUCCCAAAUAUUUGACAUGUUGUUAAGGGCCAGACAAAAUCAUUUGAAGGGCCACAAAUGGCCCCCCGCCCACACUUUGGCCCCAAAUCUUUAUACUAGUGUGUCCUUAUUCGAGUUAUUUUAACAUUUUAUUUGAACUACUUGUAAACCCAUACUACUAAAUACAAUCAUUUAAUGAGAA